AUGGCGCCCCGUAAGAAUACAAAAAAACAAACGCGACUGGCCUUCGCCCCCGCGGCACCAUCUUCAGCAACUGAUACUAGCGAUGCCAAUACCUCCCAAGAUCGGUUGCGAACUCUCUCCUAUAUGCAUCCAACACUAGCCUCAGUGCCCGUCAAACGCUCUCGAGAAAGCAAAGUUCCGUCAAAGAAAACUGUCUGCGCAGAACCACUUAAGCAGAGCCAGACUUCUAAGGGAAAGCCCUUCCCAGCAUCUGAAAGUGAAGUCGAGAUCGUCUUACAAAAUAAGGCACAAUCUCCAAUGCUAAAUUUAGAUGAAUCCUCUGAUGAUGAUGUAGCCAUCUUCAGCUCUCAGAGAAGUCGCGGGCCUAAGUUCGCUGUGCCUUCCGAGCCUAAAAUUCCCAAUAUCCAGGAUAGUUCCGAUUCCAAGGGAGUAACUGUCCGCCCACAACGGCGAUUGAAGCGGAAGGCAGAGAGCGGGGCCAUUGAGAACGAUUCCGACUCUGAUUUGUUGAUUUCAUCGCCUGCGAAGCGUCGAAUAAAGCAGAAAGAAGAUACCACAGCCCUUGAGAUCGAAUCCGAUGACGCUGAUUUGAUAAUCUCGUCGCAUUCAAAGCGCCGAUUAAAGCGGAAGGCAAAGAGUCCGCCCAUAGAGAUCGAAUCUGACUCUGAUGCUUUAAUUUCAUCGCCUGUGAGGCACCGAAAACGGAUCAUCAAACCAAGCACCCCUCAAACACGUCACACUGGAACAGAUCUAGACAUUUUAGAUAUUGAGGAGGAUGUAAUCGACCUCCAGGAUUCAGUUGUCAAAAAAACACGAACCCGUGGUCACUUGGCGGGAUCGGCGCGAAAUAUAAAACUCCAGCAACUGGAGGCACUGCGCCGCCGCCGUGCCGGAUUACCAUCAGAAUCCGAAGAUGAGCCUGAAAAUGGACUGGAACAGAGCCAUAUUGAAGAAGAUGAAGAGGCCGAGAGCGAGACUGAAAUUGCCAAUCACAGCAAUGAAGACCUCGACCAAUAUGAAGAUGACUUUGUUCUCGAAGACGAUGCUCUGGGUGUUCCGAACGAAGAGAUACCAUUUGAGUUCACCAGGCACGCGUAUAAAAAGCCGAAGGAAUACUUUAGGGACGUAAUUGGCUGGAUGGUACAUAACGCCCUUGAUCCGGCCUUUCCACGCUCCGACGCCAUGUACAAAAUGGCGUUUAUGAAGUUGGAGGAUGAAGUCAAAGCACGUGCAGGUUCUCUACUGAUUUCCUCGGUCUGGGACCCGGACUUUCGCAAUGCGCUUCUAGCUCGUCCUUACGUCGAAACUACGGGUGUCUCCACUAUGGAAAACAUCGUCUGCGAUGCUUGCAAUCGAUCGGGCCAUCCAGCUUCUGCAGAUGUUAAACUAUACGGCAAACCAUACCACAUGCAUACCCUUGAGCCCAUAUUGGAUGAUGAGGACGAGGAUGACAGUGAGGACAGUGAUGCCAAGAACAGAAAUGACUCUAAAGUCGAGCGAGACCGAAACGGCCGUGCUCUGCCGAAUGAAAAUAAGAGGUUCUAUCUAGGAAGACAAUGCAACAAGAAAGCACAGCUAGCCCACACCCUCACACAUUGGCGCUUCCAUCUCAAUGAAUGGGUUGUGGACCAUCUACGGAGAAUGGGAUGUAUGACAGACGCAGAGGUCAUUCGCCGAAACAAUAUGAGUCAGAAGAAAAAGACACGCAAUGCGAUUGCAGUGCUUGAAAGCAUGGUUGUAAAGGGUGAAAUUGACAAUCUUUGGCGGGACUUCCAUUCGACCCUCAAGGGAGCCCGAGAGAGAACAGUAAAUGACUACCCCACACUCCGUACUUAA